ACAUGUAAAAAAUUAUAACUAUAAUUAUAUCAUCACGGGUCGGAACCAAAACGGGCCGGAACUUAAAAAUUCAUAUCCGACCCAUUUUAUUUAUCAUGUAAUGGGUUCGAAUACGGAUCCAGGAAACGAUUCUAAACUUAGACUCAAACCCUCAAAUAAAGUGCCGGAUUCAAAUCGGGUCUGGGUCUAGACCCAACCCAUUGACAGGACUACGGAUCAUAUCAAAACAUAUCUAAACAAAAACUUUUGGAUAAUCCAAAAGAAAACAUCGACUCCUAUCAAUUUAGUAGAAAAAUAACUACACUCUUAUUCAUUUUGAUUAUUAUGCUAAAAUAUGAGACUAUCAAUCGGGUCAUAAUUGGUUUUGUAGUACUGGAAAAAGCUACGUUGUGUUAACCGACACAGGUUACAACUCAGAAACCAAACAGUCUCUAGCCUCGAAAUCUUGGGUUCAUGGCCGCGGAAAUCAGCUAUCUUUCUUCCUGAAUCUUCACUUCCUAGUUUGAAUUCUGAAAGACCAGUUACAGUUCCGAUCAGUCCCGAAGCUCUAUUUUCCACCGGAGAGAGUGAAGAUGCACCUAAACUUCUCAAUUCCAGGCAUUAGACAGUCAACGGAGCAGAGGCACAGACCACUUCAGCUAAAACACGCUUUACAGUCAGUCAAAGCCCAGCUACCUCUGAACCAGUGCCUCUUCCUUCUCGCCACCAUCCUUCUCCAAAUCUGGAUUCUCUUCUCCCUCAUCCACUCCUCCCCGUCCAAGUCCCCGGCCGGCAGCCAACAUCUCCUGGCUAACCACCAGGAUUGCAGCUCCGGCAAGGUCUACGUCUACGAGAUUCCUCGGAAGUUCAACUACGAACUCGUGGAGAACUGCAAGGAGCUGGAUCCAUGGAAGGGAACCGGGUGCAAGGUGGUCGCAAAUGGCGGAUUCGGACCGCCGGCGACUGGACUCGAGAGCGUUGUUCCCGAGAAUCUCAUCCCGGCGUGGUAUUGGACGGACAUGUACUCUGUAGAGCUGAUUUACCACGAACGGAUGCUGAAUCACAAGUGUAGAACGAUGGAUCCGAAUGAGGCCACCGGAUUCUUCUUACCCUUUUACGCCGGCAUCGCCGUCGGGAGGUAUUUGUUCACGGAGUUCAACUACACUUACCAAGAUCGGGACCGGUACUGUGAGAUGUUCCUAGAUUGGCUUGAAGAGCAGCCGACUUAUAUCAAGCACAAAGGUGUGGACCAUUUCAUAGUUCUGGGUAGAUUGACCUGGGAUUUCCGGCGAUUGGCCGACAACGACGGCGAUUGGGGGACGAGUUUCCUCUACAUGCCUCGAAUGAAGAACGUUUUCCGGCUGGGGGUGGAGAAGCACGACAAGGACCGGCUAGAAGAGAGCGUGCCGUACCCCACCGGAUUCCACCCCCGGUCGGAAGCCGACAUCCGGCAGUGGCAGAGCCACGUCAGAUCCCAUAAGCGCGACAGCCUAUUCACCUUCGUCGGAGCGAAGCGUCACAAAAUAAAAAACGACUUCCGAGGGAUGCUGAUGGACUACUGCAUCGACGAGGAGGCGUGCCGGGCGGUGGACUGCUCCGCCGUGAUGUGCUCGGACGGGUCGCCGGCGGUGUUCGACUCGUUCCUCCACUCGGACUUCUGCCUGCAGCCGAAGGGGGACGGGAUGACGCGGCGGUCAAUGUACGACUGCAUGAUCUCCGGCGCGAUCCCGGUGUACUUCUGGGAAGGGACAUUCAAGGACCAGUACGUGUGGCACCUGCCGUGGCGGCCGGAGACGUUCUCCGUCUACAUCGACAACGCCGGCGUCAGGAACAGCAACGGUACGAUGAUCCGGGAGGUGCUGGAAGGAGUGCACAGAGAGAACGUGAGGCAGAUGAGGGAAACGAUCAUCGAUUUGAUGCCGGAAAUAGUGUACGCCAGCCGGAAAGAAGGGCUGGGGAGCGUAAGAGACGCUUUUGACGUCACGCUCGACCGGGUUUUGAAGAGAUUGAAGGCUCGCAAAUGGCACCUCGUGUCUCGAAACGCCGACGAUUAUGAGAUCUUCGAGUGAGAUGAAUGCCGUCUCCCGCCGGCGGACUGGCCGUCCGGCGAAAUAUCUUUCACUGUGUAUUAUUACACCUCCAAUUUUCAUUUUCCGGUGUAACUUGUUUUUCUUGAAUAUUUUAAUAUUCGUUUUAUUUUAUUUUUGGCGUUACUGUUAUGGAUAAAAUAAAUUUAGGGAAAACUACCAAAUAAACCCUUGAACUUACAUAAAAAGUGCAAAUAACCCCCUUUAUAUGAGGUUCUGUCCGGCCAUCGCCAUUUGGGGCGGUUUACGGUGAAGUUUUUUGAUGAAAUUUUUUGAACAUCUUCUACAUUAAGUCUAAUUUAUCCAUACCAAAUUUCAACUAAAAAUUUAACCAGGAAGGCAGUCAAAUGAUUUUCUGAAAUAUACUGCGUUGUUUAACUACACAGUUAUCUUCAAAAAUUCAUUUGACUGUCUUGCUGAUUGAAUUUUAAAUGAAAUUUGGUAUGACUAAACUAGACUUAAUGAAUAAAAAUGCUCACAAAAUUUCAUUUAAAAAUUCCACCGGGAACCGCCCCAAAUGACGAUGGCCGGACAUAGCAUCCAAUAAAAGGGGUGAUUUACACUUUUUAUGUAAGUUCAAGAGUUUAUUUUGUAGUUCUCCCAAUAAAUUUAUGUCGGUUGAGACUUAGAUCAGAACCUAGAAUGUACGAUAGUAAAUUGUUAUCCCAAACAAGGGUAGAAGCGUAAUAAUAUGCGAAAUUAAAAUAGAGGAUCUUGGAUCCAUCAUU